AUGUCAACACUUGAUACUUGGGCACAAGACAAACUGAGUGUCUUCUUGGGCUUUGACCCAGAAACAAUUCGUGCACAAGUGCUUCCAUACCUUAUGUCAACACAAACACCAGAAGCUUUUGGUGAACGCCUUAUGGAAAUGGUUGGACUAAGUGAAGAUGCUUUAAAAUUUAUUGAAGAAUUCACAGAACGUCGAUUUCAUCCCGAGAGGCGACAGAACACGACUACUGUUGUUGCUAGUGGUAGUAAUAACCGUUUGGAUACACCCACUCCAGAGUCUUUUCCCGAUUUGCCAGCUACACAGCAACCUCAAGAGACAUUGUGGCCUGUCAAUAUCAGUGUUCAUCAUAAGAAGGAAGACGAAUACUUUUCAAACUUACGAAAAUCAAAAAAGAAAAACAAAUCGAACAACGACCUUCGAUCCGCAGCCAUUUUGACAGAUAAACCAAAACAGGAAAAAAAGAAGAAGAAGGAGAUGUCGCUGGAAACUGCCUUGAAGGAAUUAAAUAUCAAAACAGAUACCAAAAAGAGAAAACCGUGUCAAUGUCAGGCAACCAAGCAUGAACUGUUGACGGUUGCACCCAACUGUUUGAAUUGUGGAAAGAUCAUAUGUGUUGCAGAAGGCGUGGGUCCGUGCACUUUUUGUCAUUUGCCUAUACUUUCUUCUGAUCAAGAAGCUGCAUUGAUUGCGGAAGCGAAACGGAAACGCGCUGAACAGAAUCAACCACAGAAGCAAGAGACGGCGUCUGUUGGAUACGCGGCAAGGGUCAAUGGAGAACUGUUUUCACAGAUGUAUUUGUUUGAUGACGACGCAAGAAAAUCCGGGAAACAGCAGUCUGAAAAAGCGGAGGGCUCAAAACGGAAAGUGAUGACAAUUGAUAGUAAAUCAAAGCAAGUCAUUGUAGAGAACAUAGAUUCAGCUUCAUCAUCGUCUUCUUCAGAGGAUGAAGAACCAGUGAUACCCUCUACAAGACGUGGAAGAGAUGCAUUCUCUGCAGGAACCUAUGCAAAUAAUCCAUUAUUAAAAGGAGAUAGUGUGCCUAAAUUUGUUGGAAAGAAGAAAAAGUCGAACCAAAGACAAAAUGAUAAUAAACAAAUUGUGCAAGCGUAG